AUGUGGAAGCGAUUCCCUGAGGUGAUUAGCUUCGACAAUACCUACAACACCAAUCGCUUUAAGCUCCCUCUCUUCCAGGCUACUGGGCAGACCUGCCUUGGAUCUGUCUAUAACGCCGCGUUCGGCCUUGUUGAUAACGAGAGACUAGAGGGUUUCCGGUUUCUCUCGGCAAGCAUCCGCCAACUCAUGGACCAACACUCAGUCCGUUACCCCACUGUUAUUAUUACAGACUACGACAAGCAGAUGAAGGCUGCACUGAACGAGCAGUUCCCGGACGUUCAGCAACAACUCUGCAUCCACCACAUCAACUCUAACGUUAUGCUCAGGGCUAAGCAGAAGUGGGUUAAGGACCGCAGCUGUAGCAGUAAUAGCAGUGGGUCUGAUGACGAGGGAUAUCAGCUACCAACACAAGCAAUAGCUACGCUGAGUGAUGAGGAUGAGGCCUAUAUCAACACGCCUAUUGAUGAGCCCCCCCCUCAUACGUAUCGUGGGGUCCUUAUGAUGUGGAAGCUUGUUGUUUUCGCUGAGACUGAGCACACUUUCGAGAAAGCCUGGACUAAGCUCUGUAAAGAGUUUAACGACCAACGCCCAAUCCUCCAGUACCUCCACGCAACAUACCUACCUUUAAGAGCACAGUGGGCCCGUUGCUUUAUCCGAAAAUACCAGAACUUUGGUACUCGCGUCACCUCUGGCACUGAGUCAAGCAAUAACAACAUUAAGGGUUAUCUCUUAAAUGGUCUUAGUCACCUGUAUCGGCUUGUCGACGUCAUGCAGGACAUGAUCAGCGAUCAGGAGCUACGCUUUCGCCAGGCCUGUGCAGAGGACGAGGUGCUUACAGGCCGGGAGCCGGCUUGCAAAGAAGGCAAUGCCUUCUGGCAAGAGGCCAUUCCCAGACCCCCUCGGAUCCUGUGGUCCAGACUGCACUGUUUCGAUUGA